GCAUCCUGGGCCUUGGCGUGUGUUUAGUGGGCGCCGUCAUGAACUCCGAAAACUUCGCGGCCGGCGAGCGGCGGGUGUCUCCGGCUUACGUGAGGCAGGGCUGCGAGGCUCGGCGCGCACACGAACACCUCAUCCGGCUGCUUCUAGAGCAGGGCAAGUGUCCAGAGGAUGGCUGGGAUGAAAGUACACUCGAACUCUUUCUGCAUGAGCUUGCAGUCAUGGAUAGCAACAAUUUCCUGGGUAAUUGUGGUGUGGGAGAAAGGGAAGGGAGAGUGGCGUCUGCUUUGGUUGCUCGUCGUCAUUACAGGUUCAUCCAUGGAAUUGGGCGAUCUGGUGAUAUUUCUGCUGUGCAACCAAAAGCUGCAGGUUCUAGCCUCUUGAACAAAAUUACUAAUUCUUUGGUGCUUAAUGUCAUAAAGCUGGCUGGUGUUCAUUCAGUGGCUAGUUGCUUUGUAGUUCCUAUGGCAACUGGGAUGAGUCUCACCUUGUGUUUCCUAACACUACGACACAAAAGACCGAAGGCCAAGUAUAUCGUAUGGCCACGGAUAGACCAGAAGUCCUGCUUUAAGUCCAUGGUCACUGCAGGUUUUGAACCCGUGGUAAUAGAAAAUGUAUUGGAAGGUGAUGAGCUGCGCACGGACCUGAAAGCCGUGGAAGCUAAAAUCGAGGAGCUUGGGCCUGAGCAUAUCCUGUGCCUUCAUUCUACCACAGCCUGUUUUGCUCCAAGGGUGCCCGAUAGAUUAGAAGAACUGGCUGUGAUUUGUGCUAAGUAUGACAUUCCACAUGUAGUCAACAACGCUUAUGGAUUACAGUCUUCAAAGUGCAUGCAUCUCAUUCAGCAGGGGGCUCGGGUUGGUAGAAUUGAUGCUUUCGUUCAGAGCUUGGACAAAAAUUUUAUGGUUCCAGUAGGUGGUGCUAUAAUUGCUGGCUUUAAUGAUCCCUUCAUUCAGGAAAUCAGCAAGAUGUAUCCAGGAAGAGCUUCAGCUUCACCGUCCUUAGAUGUCCUCAUCACCUUGUUGUCACUCGGCUGCAAUGGCUACAGGAAGCUGUUGAAGGAGAGAAAGGAAAUGUUUGUCUAUUUAUCCACCCAACUAAAGAAGUUGGCAGAGGCCCACAAUGAAAGACUGCUGCAGACACCUCACAAUCCCAUAUCCUUAGCUAUGACACUUAAGACGCUGGAUGGACACUGUGACAAAGCUGUCACUCAGCUUGGCUCAAUGCUUUUUACCAGACAAGUGUCUGGAGCCAGGGCUGUGCCUCUUGGGAAUGUGCAAACUGUGAGUGGCCAUACUUUCCAAGGCUUUAUGUCCCACACAGAUAAUUACCCCUGUGCUUACCUCAAUGCAGCAGCAGCCAUUGGGAUGAAGAUGCAGGAUGUAGACCUGUUCAUAAAGAGACUUGACAAGUGCUUCAACAUAGUAAGAAAAGAACAGAACAGAGCAAGUGUUGUGUGUGGAACUGACGACAGCAAAGGUGAAGAUGCGGACAUUGAGGAAAUGGCUUUGAAACUAGAUGACGUGCUUGGUGAAGUGGACCAGGGCCCUGCUUUAUGACACAGGGCUCUUUCUGACAGUUUACACAAGCAGUUUCAACAAUAUAUGUAAAGUUUUUGAAUGGAGAGUUUUAUAGAGAAUGUUCCGUCAAGGAAGAGACUGGACUGAGGGUAGCCGUUGGUGACUUUUUUUAUCCUUAGAUUGCCUCAGUCUUUAUGAUUCUUAGCAGGUUAUAACAUGCAGUUGCAGUGAACACAAUUCAGAUGAUUCUUACUAAUAUAAAAUAUAAAGCUACAUGUAAUUCUCAUUCAACUACAGAGAGCUUCUUCUUAGCCAUUCUUCAGCAUUCAAAGAUUUUUUUUUUUGUUUCCAAUCACAUAGAAUUGAGAAAGAUCUGUUUCUAACGCUGCUAAAUACCAGAUGUUUAUUUCUCUGUCUCUGUGCCUAUUGAAGGGACGUUUCCCAAGGAAACAGCCAAGUCAUAAGCUUAAGAGCAGUUGUUUGCAACUGGACUGGCUUCAUUAUAUAUAAACAACAUAACAACUCACAGUGGGUGCUACUGCCAUUAAGUGGUUGAACCGUGCAGUUCCACUCAGCUCCUUACCUACUGCCCAGCACGUGACUCCACAAAAGAAUUCUCCAGUCGAGAAUGUCAGGAGUGAUAUGUUUUAAGGGAGUGAGCUCCUCAGCUAAAGAGGGGUUUCCACAUGUGCUUUCUGGUGAAAGCUGUUUGUGAUGGGCUGCAUGGAAGUCAGUGGCCCUGUGAGAGCAGUGCCUAGUGAUGGGAUGGGUGUCAUGGUUCAUUAAAGUAUGUGCCAUGCUGUUCAUAUACCUAUAAAAUCAGCUAAUUAUAUAUUUUUAGACCAUAUCUCAGUGAUAUGUGACUGCAAAAAUUAAAAAAAAAAGCUAGCUCUGUGAAUGUUACUAAGGCUACUUCACGUGGAGACUGUUAGUGACAGUAAGAGUCACUAGUUGCAAACAAGUUGUUACAAAUUGUUUUCUCUAGUACCUGCUCAUUUUUCCAUUUGGGCAACUGCAAACUUUAUUCCACAUACUGUGUGGGCUUUAAGCAGCCUUUGUGACUGCAUAUAUAUGAAUGACUGAAAUUCUAGGCCCAGAACUUCUGUGAUUUUUUGUUAGUUAUACAGAACAAAACAAACAAACAAAAAACUAGACUGGAGACUUAGUGAAAACCCUUGGAAACAGCCAUGCCAAGCUGUGUUCCUUAGGCCUGGCCUGUGGAGCGGCACCCCACCCAACACAUUCAUGGGGAAAAGGGUUCAUGGGGGGAUAAUUUGUAAAUUUGCUCAUGGUGUAUUAAAUGCUACAAGAGGAUUUCUUUAGUAAAAUCAGCCUGCUUUUCCAA